GUUUGUCGAGGCUCUGCGGGAGCGGGAAGGGGGCCGGGAACCCCCGCAGCAGCCCCGCUUCGGCCGAGGGGCCGCGAGGUGUCCGCGGGAGGCCCGCGAGGACGCGGGAUCUCGCGAGAAACGCGAUUGCGGCUCGACCUGUGGCGGGGCUGCUCCGGAGGCGCGCGGGGGUUCGGGAGGCGCGCGUCGUGGGCUCCGGUGCCGUGGGCGUCCUCGGCCUCGGCGCUGCGGGGGGGCCUGGUGGUCGCGUGCGCGUCGGCCGCUGCUCGGGACACGGUGGCCUCCCCCUAGUCUAGCACGCUUUAAAUGGCUGGAGUAAAAGUCAAUUUGCAAGCAUUGGAAUAAAUCUUGUAAAGGAACAUUUUGUAACAUGGAUUCUCUAGCAGAAGAAUUUUUUGUGAGUGGAAAUCCUGAUGUGGAGGAGCAAACCAAGGAAGAAACUGAGAAUAAAGUAGAAAAACCAGUCAGUCAGUUGGACAAAGAGAAAACAAAUAUACCUACUGAUCUUGACCCUGUAAACAUACUAUUAGAAGUGAAGAAGCUAUUAAAUGCCAUCGAUGCUCUACCCAAAGGUGUGGUCCCUAACGUUGAAAAGUUCAUACAAGAAGACUUCUUCCAGUCUAUGAAGAGGGAAGUUGCAGCUAAUAGCCAGACUGGGGAAGAAAUUGUUCCUGCUUUAACAUUACAUUUUUUGAUAACACAACUGGAAGCAGCACUUAGAAACAUUCAAGCUACUAAUUGUACUGUACAGCAAAUUAAUAUUGGUUAUUACUUGACAUUACUAUUUUUGUAUGGAGUAGCACUCAGUGAAAGAGGAAAGAAAGAGGACUGCACAGAAGCUGAAAAUAAAUUUCUAGUGAUGAAGAUGAUGAUCCAAGAACAUGAAAUUUGUGAAAACUUUAUGACUUUAGUUUAUUUUGGACGUGGUUUACUUCGAUGUGCUCAGAAGAGAUAUAAUGGAGGACUACUAGAAUUUCACAAAAGCUUACAAGAAAUGGGAGAUACGGAUGAUAAUUGGUUUGACGUAGAUCCUACAGAUGAUGAAGAUUUACCUAUGACUUUCAAAGAUAUUCUCAAUAAUUUUAUCAAAAGAACUGAAAGUAAUAUAAUGAAACAGACCAUUUGCAGUUAUCUUGAUUGUGAGCGCUCUUGUGAAGCUGACAUUUUAAAGAACACCAACUAUAAGGGAUUUUUUCAGCUAAUGUGCAGUAAAAGUUGCUGUAUUUACUUCCAUAAAAUUUGUUGGAAAAAGUUCAAGAACUUGAAGUACCCAGGAGAAAAUGAUCAGAGUUUUAGUGGGAAAAAAUGUUUGAAAGAAGGAUGUGGAGGUGACAUGGUAAGAAUGCUGCAAUGUGAUGUACCUGGAAUUGUCAAAAUUUUGUUUGAAGUGGUGAGAAAGGAUGAAUAUAUAACCAUCGAAAACUUAGGAGCAAGUUACAAGAAGUUGAUGUCUCUGGAAUUAACUGACACUGAUAUAAGACCAGAAUUCAAUUUAAAAUUAGAUGAAAAAGAUGAAAUGCCUAUCUUCAAACUUGAUUAUAAUUAUUUCUAUCAUCUGCUUCAUAUAAUUAUUAUUUCUGGUACUGACAUUGUCCGACAAAUAUUUGAUGAGGCUAUGCCACCCACUCUUUUGAAAAAAGAACUGCUUAUACACAAGAAUGUGCUGGAACCCUACUACAAUCAUCUUUGGACCAAUCACCCUUUGGGUGGAUCAUGGCAUCUGCUUUAUCCCCCAAACAAGGAGCUACCACAGUCCAAACAGUUUGACCUAUGCCUCUUAUUAGCGCUCAUUAAACAUCUGAAUGUAUUCCCUGCACCCAGAAAAGGCUGGGAUAUGGAACCACCGUCUUCUGAUCUCUCUAAGUCUGCAGACAUUCUGAGGCUCUGCAAGUACAGAGAUAUCCUCCUCAGUGAGAUUCUGAUGAAUGGUCUCACUGAGUUACAGUUCAAUUCAAUUUGGAAAAAAGUUUCUGAUAUUCUUCUGCGCCUUGGGAUGAAACAAGAGGAUAUUGACAAAGUCAAGGAGAAUCCCAUUGAGAAUAUCUCCCUUGAUUAUCAUCAGCUGUCCAUUUAUCUAGGCAUACCAGUACCAGAAAUCAUCCAGAGGAUGUUAUCCUGCUAUCAACAAGGAAUUGCUCUACAGUCAAUAACAGGCAGUCAGCGUAUGGAUAUAGAAGAGUUACAGAACGAUGAAGAAGAAUUGAGUCCACCUGUGAUGGAAUACAGUAUAAAUGUGAAAUCAAACACUGAAAUGCAGUUAGCAGAAAUAAAUAAAGAUGUAUCCUCGAUACCUAGUGAAUCUUCAACAGAAUCUGUUAAAGAUCUUCAAGAGGUUAAAAGUAAAACAAAGAAGAAGAAGAAAACUAAGAAUAAAAAGGAUAAGGACUCAGAAGAAGAGCAAGGCUCAUAUAUGGUAGAAAAGGAAGACCAACUGGAAACAGAACAAGUAGAUGUACACACACUCAGCACAUCCGUAAAAAUUGAUGCAAGUGAUGCGCAAGAAGAUUCUGCAGCGGAGGACAAGUUCUGUAGCCUGGAUGAACUACAUAUUCUGGACAUGGUAGAGCAGGGCUCAUCUGGAAAGGAAAGUACAGACUGCAAAGAAACUGAAAAGGAAAGGCUUGCUCAUCAACACCAGCUUUAUAAAUUGCAGUAUGAGUGUGAAGAUUACAAAAGACAACUGAAAACAGUGACAUUUCGGUGGCAGGAAGCUCAAAUGCAGAUUAAAAAGAAAGAAAAAAUUAUUGUAUCUCUUAACCAGCAAGUGGCUUUUGGAAUCAAUAAAGUGUCCAAAUUACAGCGCCAAAUCCAUGCUAAAGAUGAUGAAAUAAAGAACCUUAAAGAUCAACUUUCCAUGAAAAGAUCUCAGUGGGAAAUGGAGAAGCAUAAUCUGGAAAGCACAGUUAAAGCAUAUUUAAACAAACUGAAUGCAGAAACCAAUAGAGCCUUAACAGCUGAGGUGUACUUCUUACAGUGUCGUAGAGAUUUUGGUUUGCUGCACCUCGAACAGACGGAAAAGGAGUGCCUCAAUCAGCUUGCCAGGGUGACUCACAUGGCGGCAAGCAACUUAGAAUCACUUCAAUUAAAGGCAGCUGUGGAUAGCUGGAAUGCCAUUGUGGCAGAUGUUAGAAACAAGAUUGCAUUCCUCAGGACACAAUACAAUGAACAAAUCAAUAAGGUGAAACAAGGGUUUGCCUUGAGUACCCUGCCUCCAGUCCAGCUUCCCCCACCACCACCAAGUCCUGAGAUACUGAUUCAGCAGUUCUUAGGAAGACCCCUUGUGAAGGAAUCUUUCUUUAGACCCAUCCUUACUGUUCCUCAAAUGUCUGCAGUUUGCCCUGGAGUUAUCUCUGCAGCUGUACAGCCUAGACCACCCCUGAUGCCUGGGAUAACCUGGGCUAUGCCAACACCUAUAGGUGAUACGGUGUCACCCAGUGCAAGUCUGUGCAGUGAACCUCUCAUGAUAAACUGGGAGAGGAUUACAGACAGGCUGAAAACUACUUUUCCACAACAGACAAGGAAGGAACUUACAGAUUUCUUACAACAGCUGAAGGAUUCUCAUGGGAAGUCCGUGUCUCGACUUACAUUUGAUGAAAUUGCUUACAAGAUUUCUCAAAUGAUUGAGCCCAAGAAACCUGAGAGUGAAGGAAAAUCUGCACCAGAUGGUAAUAGUGCAUCACCCAGCCACACUUCAUCACAGCCUAAUGCUCCCCAGACCCCCAAAUCAUCACAAGAGUCUACCACAGGGGAAGGAGACAAAGAUUUGGAUAAUGAAGAGGAAGAAGAGGAGCCCUGUGUGAUCUGUCAUGAGAAUGUGUCUCCAGAAAACCUUUCAGUUUUGCCUUGUGCUCACAAAUUCCACUCUCAGGUAAACGUUUAAGCUUGUCCUGUUAACAUUUUACCAUUAAUCAGCUAAGCAAGCUUACUGCCUUACUUAAAAGGUACAUCAGCAUCCAGUGCCAUUUCACAGUCCCACUGGGCAUAACUACACUUUCUUCUCUGGGUACCAUACAGAAAUGUUUACAUCUUUCCCUGUAUACAGUCAUGGUUAUACUACGGUUUUCAGGAGGACAGCCUGGAGAUUUAAAUGGUAUCAGUACACAGUUCCCUUGAACAGAACUAGGAGAAACAUGAAUUGACAGCAGUUGAGUGACAGGACUAACAACAAAGAAGUGUCACUUUACCUCGACUCACUGUAAACUCUACAGUGUCUAUUGUCCAUAUGUAAUAAUGGCCUCCUCAGUUAAAGCAGAAGACUUGUCUUAGUAAUCUCUCUAACCUCUUGUGUUUCUGUUUUAAGAUUCCAAGGCUUUUGUAUUAAUGAUAGAAAAAUGUGAGCCUGGCAUAGCUUUUGUGUUCUUGGUGUCUACAUGGAUUAACUCCUGGUGCUGCUGCUGUGUAUAACUGUUACUGAUGUACAAUGUAUGGUCCAAAUCCUCUGGGGGGAAAUGUGAUUCAACAAAAGAAAGAUUAUGUUAGACAAGAAGUGUUUUUCUCGGGGAAGUGAACAAUUGCCUGAUUUUUUCAAACCAUGUUUCAAAGAUACAGUAUGUGGUACCUGAUACAAAAUUAUGUGUGUUAUCUGCUUUGCUCUGAAGAGGUUUGUAAAAUGCCUAAUCCCAAAAGUUCUCCAAGAUGACACUUAGCCACCCAACUUUCCCAUUUUGAAAUUUUAAUAUGUGAUGAUUUUAAAAUAAGAAUGUUUGUCAAAACUUAUUUGCCAUUGCCCAGUGAACAAGAAGUAAAUAAUUCAUUCAGUUUACUCUUUAAGUUUAGUUAUGAAGCCUCAGAUAGAGUCCCUAUACUUAAUCCUGUUAUCAGAUUUGGUUCUCCAUUAUUCAAACAUCAAAAAUAUGUUUUGAGUCAAUACUUAGCAAAACAUAACAAAUACUUCAUUGUUCGAGAUUACUAUCUUUCACUGUAGAAAACAAUCUGAAGAGAGUUUUCAUCCAGGGAGUUUCAGCUUUAGAGCCCCAUAAAGGUAUUGGUAGCUUUCGUAUGCCUAGUUGUUAUUUAAUUAUAAGUGAAAAGAAUUUAUAAACAAAAUCAACUAAAGAGAGAAUAUAGCAAGCUUCUCCAAUAUCCUUGUAAGAAAGAGCUACUAGUCAUUUUUUAAAAUAGGGUGAGACCAAAUUUUGAGUAGACUUGCUUAAAGAUACUCUACAGUUGCCAGCUUAUAUUGCUUAGCAAACCAGAGAGGGUACCAUGGUUGUAACAGAUUGCUUGGCUUGCAGACCCACCAGAAGACGUGUUGAUUAGGAACUAUGCUGUAUGGAGUAGUGGCUGCCUCUGCUAGGCUAAAUUUGAAACUCUGACUGGAAUCAUUUUGCUCCUUAGUACAUUAGACCAUGGUUGAUGCAACAGGGGACAUGCCCCACCUGCAGACUCCAUAUUUUGAUACCAGAAGAAUUCCCUGGCCACCCCAACGGGUAGUUACCCAAGAUCUGAUACAAGGCAGGUAGCUAUACCUAAGAUGAGUUUUAGACAUUGCAAUUUAGUUUGGCCUUUAAUGAGCUAAUUGUUUGAACAGUAUUAUGUAGCAGUAUGCCCUUUGGUGUCAUGCAAAUAGACCAGCUAAUCACACCAGGGCUGAGCCAGGAUCAAGACAGAUCUAAAGCACGUGUCAGUUCAAUGGAAGGGACUUAAAGAAGGUGGGAUUUGAUAGUUGCAUUUUACUGCUCUUCAUAACAUUUUCCAUGUUUAAACACAAGACCUAUAAAGAUAACAGUGUAUUUCUUAGAAUGUCCUAUCUUUUUCGUUCUUACUCUCUUUACUUUCUCUCAAGUAUGGUACAUUUUAAUUUCCUGAAAUUUAGGAGAAAAGGUAGGAAAAUUCUAUAGAUUUUAAUUUUCUUUUUAACUUUGAAAUUUUGGUGUUAAAAUGUAACUAUUAAAAGUUAUAAAUUCUAUCUUAGCUUUUCUAUCUUCUGAAAUAGCUACGCUUGAUGAGAUUAUGGACUCCUUGACUGGUGACCAUACAGUGGUUUAUAAUAGCCUGUGACAAAUGAUUGUUUCAGACAUUGCAGAACCAAUGUGUUAAAUUGUUGGUGCCAUGAAAUCUCCACAAUAAUUAUACUAUAGAAACUACAACUAAGAUUUGUAUUUCCCUCAAGAGCUAGUUCUUAAAAUCACACCGCAAGACACCUAUGUUCCCAAUAGUUAGCACCAUAAGUAUGAAAUGAAGUUAGAAUUAGAAAUCAGGGGUAGUAAAGGAGGCAGAUAUGCAAAGGGAGUCAUUUGCUGAGAUGACUAAUUGAGAUCUUACAGUACUUUGUAAACAUAUUCCUUGGCUCUUAAUCAUUUGCAUUUGGGGGAUUUCUUUUCCUGCUUUAAAGAUGUCUGCUGUCAUGUAAUUGUUCUGGGGAAGAGUGGAAGCCAUUUAUAUGUACUUGCUGCUGCUUGUGACAAAGUUGACACUCACUAGACCAUUUGCCUGUCUAAAGCUUGCCACCGAGAGAGAGUUCCAAUUCUUAGACAACAAAGCCUCUUUUAAAAAUAGCGUAAAUGCUGUAAGUGGUGUACAUGCCUGUACUUUCAAACUUAAAGAAAAUCCAUAGUUACCUUGGGAGACAUCUAUCCUUGGUUCAUAUUCACAGUCUCAAUUUCAUUAAUUUUGGGAGGAAAAGUUGCUUUGACUCAGCAACUAUUUUCUUGUGUAUAUUUCAGUGUAAAUGUAUUUUGAAGUUACUGUGAAUCUAUUUAAUAAUUCUGUGCCUGCAAUUGUAUGCUAAACUUCUUUUUCUAUUUUGAAAAUAAACUGAAAAAUGUGACGAAAAAUAUUUUUAAAAUGUCAACAUUUGAAUGGGUGAGAUGAUCCAGCAGGUGAAGGUGCUUGUUGCCAAGCCUGAUGACCUGAGUUCUGUUCCUGGGACGCGCAUGGUGAAAGGAAGAACUGCCAGUCCUGCAAAUGGUCCUCUGACCUCCACAUGCGCAGUGUGGCUUGUGUGUGCACACAGACACAGUACAUUCAGAUGCACAAAAAAUGAAGGGAGGGAGGAAGGAAAAGUAUUCUUAAGUAUGUCAUUCGUUUAUAUAUAAAAUAGCAUUGUGGUAGAUUUGCAGAAUCUAGAACUUAUGGGACAUUUCAGUCAUCAUCUUAUCACAGUUAUGUAGCAAAUUACCUUGUAAGACAGUUCGUGCUUACAAUUUGUUUCUUAGUUCAUGUUUAUAAUUGUAAUUUCAUUUUUAUGUGGAAAAUAAAAGUAUUUCUGAAUUGAACAA